UAUGGUUCGGUUCUCUUCUUUACAAAACACACACAACCGAGAGAGACCGACUGAAAAGGGGAGUCGGCCAACAGUUUUCCGGCGAACCCCUACGUUUCCUGUGAAGAGAGAGAGAUGAUUGAUGUGUAAAUGAUGGUGACAAAGAGAGAGGUGAAAAGCCAAAUGGUGUAUGAGGGCUAUUUCCUUGGAAACCCUAACCUGAAAUGAGAAAUCUCCUUCUUAGACAGAGCUAUCUUCGCCUUUAAAUCAAUAUGUUCUCCAAGUGUUUGGGCAAAUGGUUUUCAAAGGGUACUGGAGGAAGCCGGUUCACUGGAUUCUUUCAUCCCGCUCUGGUCUUGCAGAGACUGAGUUGGAGUGAGCUGUUAGCAAGGGCCUCAUCAAAAAACGAUGGCAACUCAUUUCGUUCUCUGCUUGAAGCACAAAAUGCUGAUGGUCAAACUGCUCUUCAUCUGGCAUGCAGGCGGGGCAGUGCUGAACUUCUUGAGGCUAUUUUGAGUUAUCCAGAGGUCAACGUUGAUGUUCUUGAUAAAGAUGGGGACCCGCCACUUGUCUUCGCGCUUGCGGCUGGAUCCCCAGAGUGCGUUCGGGCCCUUCUUAGUAGAUAUGCUAAUGUCAGAUCUAGGCUGAGGGACGGGUUUGGCCCGUCUGUUGCUCAUGUCUGUGCAUAUCAUGGCCACCCCGAUUGCAUGCGCGAAUUGCUAUUGGCUGGUGCCGAUCCAAACACAAUUGAUGAUGAAGGUGAAUCUGUACUGCAUAGAGCCGUGACAAAAAAGUAUACAGAAUGUGCUCUUGUUAUAUUAGAACAUGGGGGCUGUAAAUCUAUGGGUAUCUUAAACUCGAAGAAUCUAACGCCUCUACACUUAUGUGUCACAACAUGGAAUGUAGUCAUUGUGAAAAGAUGGAUUGAAGUUGCAUCUUCUGAAGAAAUUUCUGAAACGAUAGAUGUACCUUCUAGAAUCUUCCGGAUUCUCUCGUGUGGCAAGUCUGCCAGCGUGGAGUGGUAUGGUCCCUCUAACAUAUGUGCAUCUGUGAUUCGGGAUCAUACCUCUUCAGUCUUCAGGGUUCAAGUGAGAGGUUAGUGUAUUUGUGUGUGAAAGCGACGGACAAGUUCUUGAUGGUCGGUCACAAUGAUGGUAAUUAACGCCUCAUUGCAUAGCGGUGAUGUGGUAUUAUAUAGCAGGAGUUGGCAAUUGAACAGGAGAAGCGACCAAUGGUAGAGAUGUCGCCGAUAUGUGGCAAUUCACAAAGUACCAGGUCAAGCUAAUCUGCACAUGGGAGUAUAAUUAUUGAUGUAUUAGAAGAUCUGGGUGCUUGUAACUGAUCAGACCUUGAGGUUUGUAAAUUUUCUUACUAUGGUAUUUCACAUUUUCUUAAAAGUUCUGUCUUUGAAAAAAGAAUUACAUGUUGUAUUUUUGUUAUGCAUCUGGUUGGUCAUGUAGCUAGGCUCUUUUGACAAUUUAAACGAAGAACCAAAUUAUGAAAUGAUUUGCCAGGUGAUAUAUGAAUCCUCACAAAACUAGCUUUAUAUUUAUGUAAGUCAAUAUAAUUUCCAUUUUCUAAAAAGUAUAUUUUUUGAGUCGUUUGGUCGUGAACCCAUGGUGUUAUAUCUACUGUGGCCUGUUUCCAAGUAACAAAGUUGAUUCAUUAUAUUAUAAAAACUUGUACCAUCGUAUGCUAUGCUGAUGUUGGAUAUUAUUGGUGGUCAAAGGUCUGGUUUUUAAGUAAGAUAUGUUGAUAAUGUAUACUAAUAUACUUUAAUAUUUGUGGAUAGAUAAGAUGCUUUAGUAGGACAAGAACAUAUAAUGUAUUAUACAUCACAUCGUACGCUACACAAGUCUUCCUAUACUCUGCUCACAUGCCGAUCACCUGUUAGCUAAAUAUUAAAAUAAAAGCAGUGGCUCCGCCGCAACGCGCGGGUUUCCCACUAGUACUACAUAAAGCAUUUCCUAUGGAUAGAAAUGUAGUUUCCCUUUCAAUUUUAAGACUAUCUCAAAGGUCAUGCUCUAUUUCCCCAUUUUUCAUCCAUUGCUCCCAAUUAUGCCCUCCUUCAAUGACUUCUUCAAAGAGGUUUCAAUGCUGAGAGCAAAUUAAAGAUUAGCGAUUCAGUUGAUGAUUCACUGAAUAUUAAUGUUUGAAUCGAUUGCAAUUGAUUCGCCCCUGAGUAACUGAAGAUUAAUGAUUCAAUUAAUGAGAGAGCAUUGAAUCGGCGUUGCUUCCCCUCCCUGUUUGGUGAAAUCCUUCAAUUCAAUGCCAAUGGAACCCUAACCCUCCGAUUGACCAGUCGUUUCAACUUAAUCGUGAUAUAUCCUUUUGCCAAUGGAAGUCAGAUGAAAACUUUUUCGGCCGUUUACAGGUACAGUGAACAUUACGCUGAACUUUGGAUGGACGUCAACCACGAGCAAACAAGGGUAUUCGAUUAGGGUUUCCCGAUGAGGAAGAAGGUGACAUGUUCUUGUUCGACAUUGCUCGAAUCCAAGAGGCUUUCUUACCAGUUCCGAAAACAGGAAAGUGGAAACUCCAGAAGAGAAGAGAGAGUACGGAGAACCCGAAGGAACACAGGACUAAAGUAAAGUGUAACCUUAUAGAAUAGGCCAUAAAUCUUUUAGCAAAUUCUAGAGCACUCACGUUAGGGACUUUUAUGGACUGAUCAGCACCCCUUUGGUCGACUUCUCUUGUCACAACAGCGUAAAUGACCCAAGGAUGUUAUUGAUGGAGAUGUUUUUCUUUCAAAAGACUAAAUUAUUUAGUUUAACAUUGUUGAUUGGUUAUUUCCAGCUGUGUCCGACAUGGCCUAGAAUUCGACAACCGGGAACAAAGCUGUAGAUGAAAGUACAUUUUCGGCCAAAUGGGAGGAAUGCAAGGAGUUGUAUUUGUUAUUGGCUUGCAUCACCUUCACCAUUUAAAUAGAAGGAGAAUGAAGGAUCUAGACGAGUUCAAGACAAGUACUAAAACCGCGUCUGAAGUUGAUUUUGCAAAAUUAAGAGAAUUGGUUAAUCGUGUUUGUGUCCAAAGUUGCACCAGACAAGGACCAAGCAAGCAAGAUGGCAAAAAGGUUUAUGCCAUACUCGAAGUUGAUUUCAAUUCGAGGAGAGCAAGGAAUAGUUAAAUUAACCUUAAAAUUGUCGUUAAAAAUUGCCCAUGUAGCCAUUAAAAAUUACCCCAUGUGGGUGCUUUUAUACACACACAACUUAUGGAUGAUUUUUUAAUCAUUUAAGGUUUGAAAUAUAUUUUUCGUUCCA